AUGAGCCUCAAUCGACAAAAUGGGACACAGACCAGUGGGGUGGAUGAUGCAACAAAGCCUGCGUUGCAGAGCUUACAGUUACCCCCAACUCCGGCAAAGGAAUCUAUCCCUCGACCGCCAUCAAUGAUGGGUCAAGCAAGAAAGAGGCUUGCUGAGCCAGUUGUCGCCGCAUUCAUGGCAGGUGGAGUGGCCGGCGCAGUCUCCCGGACCAUUGUAUCACCGCUGGAACGCUUGAAAAUCCUCCUGCAGAUUCAAAGUGUAGGGCGUGAAGAGUACAAACUUUCCAUUUGGAAGGCUCUGGGGAAAAUGGGCCGCGAGGAAGGCUGGCGAGGAUUCAUGCGCGGCAAUGGGACAAAUUGUAUUCGUAUCAUUCCCUACUCUGCAGUUCAAUUUGGAAGCUAUAAUUUUUACAAGAAGUUCGCCGAGUCUCCUGAUGGCGAUAUGUCACCGGCUCGCCGCCUCCUAUGCGGUGCUGCUGCUGGCAUUACGUCCGUGACGUUUACCUACCCUUUAGACAUUGUUCGUACACGACUUUCUAUCCAGUCUGCUUCGUUUGCAGAUCUCGGGAAUCGAGACCCCACUCAGAAACUGCCAGGCAUGUUUACCACCAUGGUUUCAAUAUACAAGAACGAGGGUGGUACAGUUGCGCUCUACCGUGGCAUUGCCCCUACUGUUGUGGGAGUGGCGCCUUACGUGGGGCUGAACUUUAUGACCUACGAAUCGGUCCGAACAUACUUGACACCAGAUGGAGAGAAGAAUCCGAGCUCGUGGCGAAAGCUGCUUGCGGGUGCAAUCUCUGGGGCAGUGGCUCAAACAUGCACAUAUCCCUUUGACGUUCUGCGGCGACGCUUUCAGAUCAACACCAUGUCCGGAAUGGGGUAUCAGUAUAAAUCGAUCUGGGAUGCCAUACGAGUGAUUGUGGCACAGGAGGGCUUGCGAGGACUCUUCAAAGGAAUUGGGCCCAAUCUUUUGAAAGUCGCACCCAGCAUGGCUAGCAGUUGGCUCAGCUUCGAAUUGACGCGGGAUUUCCUUGUCACUCUCGGUGAUAAGGAUUAG